AUGCUACACGACCAUUCGAAUAACAAACCUGAACAGGGUAAUCUCCCCAUCAUGAACCGUUGUAGUGUUGAAAUGAAUGACGCUUCUGUAGAGGCAUACCACCUAUGUGAAGAACCCACCAAGGUGAAAAUGACCCAGAAGAAAAAAUUUGUGGUUAUGCGAAAGUGGAUGCUAAAGGUACGAAAAAUCAGUUUACACAAGAACACCAAACCUUUUUGGAAGAAAAAAAAAAAAAAAAAAAUUCCCAUCAAAUUGGGCCAAAGGAAAAUCUUCUACUCUGAUCAAUGCAAAGGCGAAGUAGCAUGCCCUCCUGUGAGAAAACCAAAUGAGCAAACAUGCCAAGCAUGUGGCGACAAAAAAGCGCUUGAAUUUGACUGGGCACAUCAUGGAGGAUGGAGAAGCUCCUGUGUGGUAUACUCGCUUGGGAUGACCACUUCCCAUUUCAAGAGAGAAGCCACCACGUUGGUUUUUUCACCUCGUGAGUGUGAAGCCCAAGUGAAGAGGAGCGCAAAGAAUAGCAUUCGUAGUGCAUGUGGUGUGAGAAGCCCUGCGCUGAAGGGAAGGAGGUGUGCGAUGAAGAAGUGGAAAAAACACCCAUACACCUUUCUCAUUAGGAGGAGGUGGCGCGGGGGGGAUAGCACUUUCUGCAUCCUGGGCAGAAUAUCGAGGAUCCAGAUGACGCUCUCCCUGCCGGUGCCCAUCAUUUCGCUAUUCACAGUUUUGCACCACCAUCAUGAUGAUCAUCAUGAAGAUGUGCUUCCCUUUUUUCACUGUGAGCGACACAUGAAUAGUCGGAGCAAGAGCGGGCCAGGUCACAAGCCGUACGAAGGUAUGCAUCUUGUGAGGGAAAAACAAAUUAACAAAACAAAAAAAAGGAAAAGGGUAAAAAAAAAAGAAAAAAAAAGCCAUUUGAGCGCUGGUAAUUCGCAUCUCUGUAAGGCGUAUGUUAUUCUUCGCGCCACACACAGCGCAGGCGUGUGUUAUCCUCACACCAGGGAGGCAUCGCGUCGUGGCCCAUCGGCGGUGGCAGCGGUGGAGAAGUCAGAAGUGCUACAAGUGGAAGGACUUGAAAUACAGCAGGAAGGGGAAACACAGGAAGGAUUCGAAGCGUUGCAAGGGGGGGACGACCUCCGUACCUUCCCAACCGCCUGUGCCUGUGCCAUCUUGACUGGAGUUUCCACCAUCAUCCCCACGGCGCAGGUGAAUAGGGUGAAGCCUUGCCAGGACAAGCCACAACCACAGGGAAUCUCCCUCGCCUACCAUGGAGAUAGCAGCCAUCACAACAGUCGCAGCGACCUGCGAGGCAGAAUAAAACGAAAAAAAAACCUAACACCAUAUAUGGUACAAUUCACCUGUCCAUUUUCAUCACGACUUUCAAAGCAAAGUAAAGAAGGAGCUUCUUUGUGUGUUGAGAGCCCAAGUGGUCUCGGUGGAAGUCAUGCAAUUAAGGUAUACAUACAAACAAAAGACAAAACGACAGACUCCAGAAGGAAAAAAAGUGAACUUCCAUUUCGUGCGGUGCAACUAGUUGGAGUUCCCGCUUCAUGGGAUGUUUCUUUUAAUCGGUGCAAAGUAGACUGUGAUAACAAUGACAUAGGUGCAAUUUGUUCUAAUUUUACGCGAACCCUUUGUGGGCUACUCAAAAGGAAUGAUGAAGCGGAAGAUUAUUGCAUCUGCCUGAAUUUGCUGCUUCACCUAUUCGUUUUGAGCGCCUACAAGACAGGAGCUGUUAAUCGAAUUGGUAACAAUCUUAGCAAAUGUAGCAGUAUAUGUUUGAACCCACACAACAUUUGUGUUGUGCUCAGUGACGAGGGGGUUCAGGGUUCAGCGCUCAUGGGUGGUAAAGGGACGCGAAAUCGUAAAGAGGAGAAGUACUACCCCCCUAGUCACCUCAUGUCCGGGUGCACGACUAGCCCAACGUUGUGCCUGAUCACAUGGAAAGAGGAGAGGAAACACAGUUCAGAGAAGCUGUUUAGCAACACGAAGCAGUGUAAUAAAAACAAGCUCACUGUCCUUCGGGAUACACCUCUCCCAUUCCGCGGCUAUGAAGUCCCCUCCCAGUACACAGCUACAAAUGCAAAUAAAGUUGCAGAGGAGCGACUUCACGGUGAUAAAAAAUUUUACGACUCAGAGCACCAGAUGUGCAAGAUGUGGGUCGUGAAAAGGGGUGCGCAUCUCUUUUAUUUCCCCCGUAAUGGGGGAAAUGCACCGACAAGUAGCGAAAGCGGGGGAAAUAACCCCACCGCCCGUGAAAGGGAUAACUGGUGCGGUAAGUAUGCCUCCACCCAAAUCAAUAAAGCAUUACACGAUGAUUACCGUUGGUGUGGCGGUCACCAAAACGCUUACACAGGUAGGCAUUGCCACAGGGACCCACCAAACCGAAUGGCAAAAAGGCAGCAGCAGACGCAGCGGCAACAUCAGCAUGAUGAACAGAAGAAGAGGCCAACCCAACAGGAGAGUAAUCCUAAGCACACAUACAUGAAGAUGAAUGGACAAAGACACGAACAUGAAAUAAAGGUAUGCGAAGCAGAGAAUACAGUGGGGGGCAUGCGAAAGAGUUGCACAAGUGAAAGAAAUGCAAAAGUGUGUUGUCCCCCCCCACUCCUUGCCAUGCGAAUCUGUAAAGGUAAUCUACCAAAUACUCAUCAGUACAAGAAGAGGGCAUUCCAGAUGAGGAGAACGAACUGUUCGUGUGACACCAAAUACGCCAGUGAGCACACUAAUGAGGGAAUCUUUGCUCCCAUGGCAGAAGAAGCGGAUCGGAUAAGCCACACCAGAGAGCACGCCAACCAUGUGGGUAGUCCAUCCUCAGGGGGGAACAAUCAGCACUACGAUGAGGUGUACAAGGGUGAAUUCCUCAUCGGCAACGUAAGUGGUUCGAACGUAUUAAAUCAAUUAACCGACUUGCUCAACCGCUCCGAUGGUGGGGGUGGGGUAGCCCCCCUUGUUACACACCCCAGCCAAGGUCAGAAACCAGGAUGCCCCUCGAACGGGACCCAUGUCGUAAAAAGAGGCACUAGUUACACUUACCCCAGGGAAGAAAAUAAAAAGAGGAGCACGCCUACUUGGAGCUACCCACAUGGUAGCCCCCAUAACGAAUAUCCUCACAAAAAGAAAAAAAACAUGUCGCAAUUUUGCACACCAAAAUGGGAAGAGAAGGCGGAGCAAUUCUCAGCACUAGGAGGGGACUCGCCAAACGGGUUCGCACCUACCCAUGGUGAGGGAAAGGACCAUGUCGUCAUUCCGAGUAAUUAUGUUGAGGCGGAUCAUUCACAUAAGGUUAAUCAUGCAAUUGGUGGAGUUUCAAUGACACCUACCCCAUUUGAUAAUAGCUCCUUGGAUGAACCCAACUUCAGAGGGGCAUCCCUUGUAGAGGGAGCUAUAGAACAGACGUCUGAACUUGCCAUCGGCACACCCGCUGGAAAGCCCUGCUUUGACGAGAGCUCCAGUGAUGAUGAUUCACGUGUGGAGGAGAACUUGUCAUGUGGAACAGUGCACUGGAUGGGGAACAGACCGAAGAGGUACAACAUGUACCUGGCGACGGACCCCACCUACCCAUCGACCGUAUGGACCGCGAAACGCAUGGAGGUAGCUUUAUCCGGGGGAGGAACCUCAAAUGGCAAGGGAGUACUCGACCGAUGCGACAACGCAAGCGACGUAACGGACGUGUCAGAUGUGCAUGAAGGGGAUAUGAUUCGGAACAAAUUAAUGAAUUGUAAACAUGUGGAGGAAGGGAGGAAUUUGUUGCCCCCCUUAGGAGGAGAGCAAGUUAAGAAUGAUGUAACGGCAAAGGGAGAAGGGGGAAAGAAGAACAAAAUGGUGAGCCAGCAGGGGUCCAUUUUGAGCGAGGAGUUACCACAGGAAUGCCUAGAUAAUAUGCUGCGUACAAAUCAGGACAUCGCAUUGGAAGGGAAUGGUAGCGGUUGCCGCAGCGAGGUUGACAACGGUAGUGAUUGCCACAGCGAGGGCGGCGCCGAGGGGAACGAAGAUGAAAACGUGGACCUGGAAGUGGCAGUGAUGGAGAGACACAGUAGCAUCCUAGUGAACAGGGGAAUAAGAACAAAGAAGUGUGUGGACUACUCACUCUACAACACGUACGCCAAGUCUUCCUUCCUGCAAUGCGCAGAGCAAGCAGAUAAUCAUUUCAUAGGGUAUUACCUAGAUCGAUACAAUGAUGAGAAUUUUCAACACCUCAGACAGAAGGUAAAGUUAUGUUUGUCUCGCACAUUUGCUAAUUUAAAAACGACUAGCGAAACGUGUGUCUUACAUUUCACCAACCUUAUAUUUGACCUGUACAUAAGUAGAUUCAAUUCGAAAAAUGAAAUUAUUGAAAGUAUAAUAAAUGAUAUCGUCACAGAGGAAAAACAAUUCUCAGAUGUGAUGAUCCAAUUGUUAAAAGAAUUUUACCCAAAGGUGUAUAAUGACUUUGUUUUUAAAGAACAGCUAAAAGGAAAAUAUAACAUUCUAUAUAAAGAGUUGAAGGAUUCAUGUGAUUUGAUUUAUCAUUUCAUAGCUAUCAUCUGUCUUUUCAUAUCGCAGAAGUAUUACAAUUACAGACUGAUCUCCAUUGACCUAAUCGCUAAGACCUAUUGUAAGAGUCACUUGGAAGGUCUGCGCAAAGUGUACUCAAGAAACAAUGAACUCAUUAAAGAUGCCUCCCCAGACUACUACUCAGCAACACAGUAUCUCGACUCCACCUUCUCUGCUCAUAGUGUUAAUAAAAAUUUUGCUCUUGAAGUAGAAAUUUGUAUUUUAAAAAAAUUAAAUUAUGAUCUCUCCAUUCCUACUCCAUAUAGUCUACUGGACAGUCUGUUAAAAGCAAAUGAGAAUAUUAAUUUUUUAAAAUUAAAAAAUGAUUAUAAUGCUACGGAGGGAGAGAUUCUUCUUCGAAUCGCUAGCAUUGACAAUAUUUUUUUGAAGUACAAAUCUUCUACUCUUUCGAUGGCCAUUUACGAGAUUUUGAAUUUCAACAUUUGUAAAGACAAGAUGCAGAAGGAGUUGUUUCACUUUACCAACUUUAAGGACGACUUUUGCUUCCCACCGACGGCCACUCCACGCGGGGCGGCGACCAACACGAUUAACGCGGUGAGCGCGGCCAGCGCGGUCAAUGUGGCCAACGCGGUUAACGCUGCCAACGCGGUCAAUGCGGCCACUUGUGCCGACUGCAAGAGGCACACACAUACACAGACCGAAGCGGCCGAGAAGAAAAAGAAAAACGAACUCAAACUCCUCAAGCGACAGGCCAGGAGCCUGGUCAUCGCGGAGGAGGAGGACCGAUUCAUCACCGCCUCCAAUUAUAUUAACCAGAAGGCACUCCUCUACCAGUGUGUCAAGCGCACCCUUAUCGGCAUCUGCUCCGUCAUCAAGAAGAAGGUCCCCAGGUACUACUACGACUCGGACUUGGACCGAACGGACAGACUCAAGGGUUACAUAAGGAACUUCCACAACGGAAAGCGCGCCUACCUGGACAGGCUCAGGGCGAAGCGGGAAGCUAAAACAGACCCCUCCAAUGGCGAGGCUCCAGAGUCCGCAACCACCGCCGCGACGUCCGCUACGACCUCCGCUACAAUCUCGGCUGCUGUCACUGCCGAAAACGCUCCCCCCCCGAGCAGCAAAAAGCGAAAGCGCGCGGACGUAGCGGGGCACAAAAGCGCCGACGAUGAGCGGAAAGACCAAGACAAAUUCCAAAGUGCAAAAAACAAAAUAAAAAAAAAAAUUAAAAAAAAAAUAAAAAAGCUGAAAGCGUUCAAGUGGGAAGACAUCCCAAUUCAGUACUGCGCACCAUAUGUGCUGCAGGGGAAGGAAAUCAAAAUUUAUAUAAAAAAAGACGACGAAGAGGUGGGGGAUGGGGAUGGCAAUGGCCAUGGCAAUGGCGCACAAAAUGGAGACACGGGGAGGAAAAACUCCCUAAGUGGCAUAAAGGGAGGAAGCAAAAAGAGCGGUGACACGCAGAGGAAGAACAAAAAGAAUUACAUCAUCGGGACAAGGACGAACUCGACCGAUGAGCAUCUCGUGUUUUACUAUAACUACCUAAGCAAGCUGCGAAGUAGGCUCGUGGAAGGGCUAAAAUACUUGCUCCGUCGAAUUAAAAGGAUUAAAAGCAGACAUGUGUGUGUGUCGUUGAUUAACUUGAGUUAUCUACUUAACAAGGAGGGGCUGCGAAAGAAACGCAAAAAGGAGAAAAAAAAAAAAAACAUUCCCCUUUACAAGCAGCUAACUAACGAAAUUAAAAUUUUUUUUAUGUGGCUGUACAAGCUGACGAACAUUGAGAUCCGCCCCCUGAUCCGCUUCGCUGACCUGAAGUAUAUCGCUUGCAUCAAGUGCUAUGAGAGGAGCUACGCCAGGUACGUUGCUCGGGCGUUGGGGGAGGGAACAAAGCGGGAAGGGGAAAAAGGUCAAGGGGGAAACAGUGAAGGAGACAAACGGGAUGGCAACACUCAUAGUUCGGCCAAACGGGGAUCAUCCAAACAUAAGCGCCGCAGCAUCCUCGAGAAGAAGUAUGCCCAGGAAGUUUCCCAGUUUACCGAGGCGGAAAACAAAAAAUGUUACCCAUACCUAAAGCGCAGCAGCUCCAUGGCGGAUCUCACCGGGGGCCACUGUACAGGGAAGACCAACAAAAAGGGGGCGGCAAGGAAAAACGGAAAAGAAGCAAAAAGUAACUGUUCCCAAAAAGAAGGCCUCGUCCACAACAAAACCAAUUUUUAUGAACAAACUAGCCAAAAUGCGAAAAAUGAAGAGUACGAAAUGGCUAGCUGCACAAAAAAAAAAAAAAAAAAAAAAAUGAACAAGGCUACGAGGGUGACGACCAAGUAG